AUGGCAGCCCAAGGCUUUUUGCAGCUACUGAAUCAACUACGGAUCAUCCUCCUCCAGGAUUCGGUUCUCCUACAGGCACAAUUCCCCCGGCAUUCAAUGUGGGAUGACCCUAUCUUUGCACGAGAAGACUAUACUGCAUUUGCAGAGCAAAUACGGCAGUCCCUUCUUUGUACGGAGACCCCUCAGGAGAUUCAACUCCGGCAGACGCUUCCUAUUAUUGCCGACCGUCUUAGUGUCCUCCAGAAGGAUAUCCAUCAAGCGGUUGAUCUUCAUGGUUAUCAGGCUCAUGAACAGCUUAGAAAGAUUUCUCGCCAGCUUCAUGAUCUCCUUUCUGGUCACGUUACCUUUGCCGUACGAGCCAUGGAUGCCUCUAUUAUCGAAGCGCGGACACCAGUCUCGGACUCAUUCACACCGUCUUCUCAGCUAGCAGCAUGUCUAUCGGAGGCAUCAUAUUUGCAGCCUCCUGUAGAUAAGCAGCAGCUUCUCCCACAGGGGAUCGAUACUCCCUCCUCUUUAUUAUCCCCCUCUCGAUCUCUCUACUCGCUCUCUCGUACGAUACAGACUGUGCCGGAGGUCUGGAGAGAAUGGAUAUGUGGGUUAGGUGCAAAUCCAUCUGUCCAGUCAUUAGAGAGAUCGUAUGGUGCGACCUGGCGGCCUUCCUCUCGCGAAAGGGUCAUGUUUUGCCGCCGAAAAGUUAUCAUCGACGAGAUCUACGCUAGAUAUGGUAAGGGCCUGUCUCUGGAUACAGCUGUUGAGGAGCUAGAGCUUGUACGGUGCAGAGGCAAGCUUUCGCUUUACCAGCUAACUCGGCUUCUCUCAAAAGCUCGCUAG